UCCGACUCUCGGUGGGAAUGUUGGUGAUGGUCAGUCCCUUGAAACAACAGAGAAGAGGAUCGAUUACCUUAUUAAAAAAUGGCCUAACCUCGCUCCCCUGUUAGAGAGGGUGAAGAACCGGAGCGCUGCCUUGUCUGUCCCCAACCAGAGCCCAAUGGAGAGAUUCCUUAAACGUCACCUCAGCGUUACACAGCUAUGUGAGCAGUCUUGGUGUGAGAUCAAAAUGGCCUAUGGGUUCAUUAAGCCUAAAGUAAGGAUGCUAGAGAUGCAAAAGACAGAAGUGACAACUGGGGCCAGUAUUCAUCUCGUCAGAGAACUGGAGGUGAAACCAAAUGUUGUGACUGUGGUUGCUGUCACCAGGGAGGACAGGGAGGCUCUGAAGCUAAUCAGUAUGCUACAGAUGGUCCCAGCUUUAGAGGCAGGCCAGCUUGUGCGGGAGUUCCCAGUGUUUGGUGUGUUGGAAGGGAUGUUCUUCAUGGGUGUGGUUGAUGAGCUGUAUCGUAGUGACUCUGGGGAACUGGUCCUGAGUGAACUGAAGACCCGCAGUCACAACUCUCUGCCCCGCCCAGCCCAGACCAUGGGACACUCUCUACAGGUGGGUAUGUACAAGCUCUUGUUUGAUUCCAUGGUAAAGGGUUCUGCGACGAGGGACCAUCUCCUCCACAACCUUCAGCUGGAUCCUAAUCAGGUCCUUGGAUCAGACCUCCAGACCCACACCCAGUCACUGGGCCUCCAGGCAGUCACGUUCAGGGAGCUCCUGGACCACUUACUGGUCGUCCUUACCUGUUCUAGCCUCCAUGCUAUCGACAAGCUACGCCUGGAGUAUAGCCACCAGAGCUCCGGAAAGCUCAUUGGGACCAGGGAGGUAGCGUUUGAGGAAGCCCAGCUUAGGACUAAGAUCAGGGGCUACCUGGCUUACUGGAGGGGCGAGAGGGUGCCCCAGGGAGUGGAAGUGGAGGAGGCCUGGAAGUGCAGGAUGUGUCCCUAUGAGGAGACCUGUGACUGGAGGAGGGAUAGAUCACAAAGGCUGAUGAUGGUGAAUAAGAGAGCCAAGUUGGAGUGUCCUAAGUCAGAUGAUCCCAAGCAAGAUGGUUCGAAUUUGAAUGGGUCGAAAUUGAAGUCAAAUACCGGUAGUUCUCCUGAAUUAAAUAGCCCUAAACAUACAGAACCCCAGGCAUGUCUCCUGUAAUGAUUUUCUGGGUGUAGUGUGAAUUUCAGGAAGGUUCUAUCUAUGUAUCAUUGAAAGUGUAAGCAAUAUUAAAGUCAGGUUUGUUUAGAGCUAAAGUGCCUUCAGAAAGUACACACCGACUUUUUUCAC